GCGUCGUAAAUGCCUUUAUUAAAGUGUAGAAUACUCUUGACCCGUUUCAAUAGUACGCUAAUUACCGUCGCGUAAGUAGCGCUAAUUGACACGCAUUUUAAUGCUCUCGGAGUUGAAACUAUCCGGCUGCUGAAUAGAACGUUGAAUUACGUGACUUCAGUACCGGCUCAGACGUCACUUCAGCUGCUGCCAUGGUGUCGAUAAAAGUGUGCUUAUAAAAUUAAUUCGCGCGCAACAAUUGCGCGAGACGAGAGGGAUUUAAAAAUCUAAAAAUAUACGCAAAUAUUUUUCGCACGAGCGAGUUCACCAAAGACCGACUCUCUUUUCGAGAUCUUUCAUUCUCUCUCGGAAUCGCUCGUCACGUUGGUCGCUCGGGACACUUCUUCAUCGAUGUGAUUGAAAUACUUUAGCUGAUUACUCGGACCUUUCCAGCGAUUAGAACUUGACGCUGUAGUCACACGUGUACCAUCAGCGAGACAUCUGCCUCUGUGUUUACGGCUUUAACAUGUGAACACCGUGUGUACUUUUAUCGCCGCUUAAAUGUACACAAGAUGCGAGUGCAUCCCUGAGUGCAUCAGCGCAGUCUUCGGAAUCCGCGUCGAGAUGUGCGCGCGAGUGCCGUGACGAAAUUCCGGCUUCGAUACGGACGAGCGAGUCUAUUCUCGCUAAUUAUCUCGGUAAUUCUCAGCUCAUCGAUACCGCGAUGUCUACGAAGGAGCUGCCAGUGAGGGAGCGGCGACAAGAACCCAAGUGGGCGCCGUGCGUCGGCGACUUUGCGAUUCUGAAGGAGUACUACGCCGGGAGGGAACGACCUUUCUGGCUGCUGUUGCAGCUAUUCGACGCUUUACUUCGCGGGUUUGGACAGGUCCUAUUGGUGAAUAAUCCUCUCAGCGGCCUGCUGAUAGCGGUUACCUUGGCUGCGGUAGCGCCAGGUGCACUGGCGUUGUCUGCAGCUACCGGUGUCCUUGGCCUCCUACUGUCCAUGCUCAUGCGAGACUCUCAGGAUCAUGUGGAGAACGGAUUGACCGUGUACAAUCCGUUGCUGGUCGGCGCCGUAUCGUACGUCCUGAUACCGCAGAUUUACGGGGCAUUCGAUGCCUUCAGCUGCCUGCACGUGCUCCUGGGAACGAUAUUCAGUGUUUAUCUCGCGCGCUCCCUGGACAGCGAUAAAUUCCCGUGCACAACGUGGCCAUUUAACCUGACGGAGUUUGCGUUGAUUUUCGCCCUUUCGACGCGGAAUGGCACGAACGUGCUAACCGAUGCCGCGGUACCGGUGUUUGAGAUGCACAAUGCAACAAGUGAGACGACGACGACGACGACGACGACGACGACGACGACGAUGCUGACGGCGCUGGUGGACGACGGCGCUGCUUUCUACGUGCGGAACACGACCGACAUUGACUGGGGAAUGAUGGUGCGUGCCGUCAUCGUCGGCCCGUCGCAGGUGUUCGCCGUCGACGAUGUAACGUUCGGAGCUGUCUUGUACCUGGCGACGAUCGUUUUCUCGCCGACGACUGCCGCGUUCGCGUUCCUCGGCGCCCUCGUCGGCUGUCUCGCAGGUAUUCCUCACGGCCUGCAUCUCGGAGUGGAGCACGACGAGAUCUACAGCGGGAUCUGGGCUUACAACAGUCUGCUGACCGGGGCCGCCUUGGGAGGAAAUCUGCUGGUGCUGAACGGCCAGACGACCGCCGCGACCGUCGUCGCGAUCGUUUACACCGCGCUCGUGCAAUAUUGCGUGCAAUCGGUGUUUGCCAAAGUGGAUCUGCCGAUACUGACGCUGCCGUUCGUCAUCGUUGUCUCGUUGUUCUUAAAGCUGAGGACCGACGAGGACGACGCGGCGUUUCCACGGCCUGUGCCGGUUUCUUUCCCUGAAAAACAACGCCACGAUUAUCUGGCGACCCGCUCGUCGGCGCUCCUUCAAGCAGUGGAUGUUGCGGGGGAAGCUGACGUCGUGAUUGAGAAUUGAGAAGAGACGCGGCUUCAGCGGAUCACCGAAGACCCGACGCACGAUUUCGCGCGAGGUGGCUGGGCGGCUGAAUUUUUCGGAGGGCACGGAGGGAAAAGCACCCGGAGCGACCGAUCGUCCUGGCCGGAGCGUGCGGGAUCUGCGGAAGACGUUCCAACAAAAGCCGACGCCGUUUCCCGGAGGCCUCUCUCAACACCGGCCGACCUAAUCAAACUAGCGAAAGCACCCCGCCACCGCCACAAUUCGUCCUCAUUCUCACGGAAAGAAGUUAAUGAAGAAGAGUGGAGAGCGAGAGAAUUGCGGUUGUCUCCCGGUGAGGCUGACACAUCGGCAUUGUCACCUAUACAUACGUGGCUCCUUAUUACGUUCGUAUUUCGAUCGCGAGAGAACUUGUCCGUCUGAAUCGCGACGUCCCGUCUGCGGGAAUUCGCGUUGCGACGCGCUUACGACGCGCGCGACGUCAGAGCGUCGGAUUUUGCGCUCCUUCGUAGCGAGCACCGCGAUCUAUCUCUGUAAAGCAAUACAUAACUGCGCUGUUGCGGCAAGUAAUAAAAUGAUUUAUAUCCCUGAUAAGCCUGCUUUAACGUGGCUUCCACCGCGGGCUUGGCUUUACUCUGCGAAAACUGCACAACGCGGGCAGUAUCCCGCGCAGAUAAUUAAGGAUAGUCCGUGAACAUUAACGUCGGUAAUUCGCUUCAUUUGCCGGAACGCGACUCGUCAUCUCCAGGGCGAUUAACGGCCAAUCUUUUUGAAUAUUAACGCACUCACUAGUGACACGCAUGCGCAUAUCCGCAAAUAUGCGGAUGCGUAUGAAAUAUAUCGGUGAAAAAAUUUUGGAUUAUAAUUCCGUCGGAUUAAUGACUGUGUGUGUGUGUGUGUGUGUGUGUGUGUGUGUGUGUGUCUCGAAAAUUAUACAAAGAACAAAAGUAUAUAACAAAUUUCCGAGCUAUAAAUAAAUACUUCAUCGGCCAGUGUAUCAUAAAAACAGAUUGCCGUUAGAAACAUAAAAAUUGACGCUUUAUGUAACAGAUUCAAAGUUCCUCAUUAAUUUUUAGUAAAUUCACCGUUUUAGCUGACUUUCCAUUGUCUUAACAAGAUUCACCGUAUCUUGCACCGCGGCACUCAGGCGAAAAGCUCAUCAGCGUCGCUGACUGGUGAUCGUCAUGACGCUCAAUUAUCGUCAACGCAGACUAAUCUCCAGCCCAACGCAAACACAAAG